AUGCCCGAAUCGAGAUUUUACGACUCAAUUCUACAAUUAUCGAAUUCCCUAAUAACAUGCACAGUUAAGGAGCACCUCAUGUUGGUAGUGGUGAUAUGUCAAUCAAUGAGGUGUUGGGGUCUCGAUGGAAAGACCAUUGAUGAGAUUUUGAACCACUAUGAGUUAGAAAUGGGAUAUGCAGUCCCAGUGCCCCCCCUUCGCCCAGUCAAAAUUCUUAAUUACAUAGGAAUAAAGUUCAUUGAAAUUAUGGAAAAGGACUCCUUGAAGAUUCCUUGGAGAAAUUAUUGCAUUUUGCAAUAA